AUGAAGAAAUAUCAUAGAUUGCUAAAUAUUGAAGUUGAGUUUUUAAACAAUUUAAUCUACAGAGGUAAUAACCAGUUUAAGAAUAACUUAAGACAUAGAAAGAUGAUUUUAUUAAGUAGACUAAUUAAGAAAUCUAAUUAUUCUAAGAUUGUAAACACCUGUGAAGAUAUUUAUAUAAUUUGUAGUAGUGAAGCAGUAUUAGGUCACUUUUUAGAUAUUAAUUUUACAGUAAUGGCUUUAGUUGCAAGAAUAAGAUAUUUAAUUAUAAAAUUAUUUUAA